UCGAGAGUACCACAGGUCUAACCCCGUCUGGUGCCCCGGAAUCUUUCAACGACUACCCCCCGCGCAUCUCAUACAGAACCAAGAUGUCGUCCCCUUUCUCAAUAAACGGUGGCGCCUGCGUCGCGAUGGUGGGCAAGGACUGCGUCGCCAUAGCAUGCGACCUGCGGCUGGGCCUGCAGGCGCUGACGGUGUCCAACAACUUCCCCAAGAUCUUCCAGUACGGCGACAACGUGUUUUUGGGGCUGACGGGGCUGGCGACCGACGUGGCGACCGUGUCGGACCUGUUCCGCUACAAGGUCAACAUGUACCGGCUGCGCGAGGAGCGGCACAUCGCGCCGCGCACCUUCGCCAACCUGGUCAGCAGCAGUUUGUACGAGCGCCGGUUCGGCCCGUACUUCAUCAGCCCCGUCGUGGCCGGGCUGGAGCCCAAGACGGGAAAGCCGUUCAUCUGCGGGUUCGAUAGCAUCGGGUGCAUCGACUUUGCCAAGGACUUUAUAGUCAGCGGGACGGCGACGGAGCAGUUGUUUGGCAUGUGCGAGAGUCUUUGGGAGCCGGAUCUGGGUCCAGAUGCGCUCUUUGAGACUAUUUCGCAAGCGCUCCUCAACGCUGUCGAUCGCGAUGCGCUCUCCGGCUGGGGCGCCCACGUCUACAUCAUCGAGAAGGAUAAGGUGACCAAGAGGUUGCUGAAGGGGCGGCAGGAUUAGAGGCGUUUUGGGAGGCCAGUGGGAGGCUGCAGUCUUGCGAUGGAUGGGCUGGGCUGGAAGGAACGUUGUAACAACAUGGCAUUCAAAGCCAACGAUAUGACUACAUCAAGGGACACCGCAUAACGACCGUGAUUUCCGAGGCACCGCCGUUUGAGCCAUGAAGUUGUCCACAAAUCUAUCGCCGUGUGGCCACGUUUUGUUAUCUACUGUACAAGUCUACGGAUUUAUGUACGCGGCCCCUUCUUGCUCUAUUGCUCCUUCUUCGCCCUGGGCAACCUGCGAACUGCACUCUGGACGAAAAGAGUCCGCUCUACAAACUUCAGACCCUCAUCAAUGAAGCUGCGAUAUUGUUAGUG